UUGACUGACCAGCCACCUCAACAAAGACACGGUGUGAAAACUAGAACGUAACAAGUGUUGCGCGGCUUAUCCAUCUGCAUUUACUCCGCAUUUCAUUGAUCAUGGCUCGCAUCUCGAUGACGGCCUUUCUGUUGGGUGUUUUGCUCUUUUCGUUCUCCUCUUUGGCGCACUCGUCUCCCGUUCGGAGAGACCGUGACACCUCCUCAUCGGCCGGCCAGUGUGGGCAGUUGACGGCUCUUGAGCUUAACACUCACCUGCUUGGGAUCCAAGACGAUUCCUCAUCUUUCGAGCCUGAGUUCACAGUGCCAACCGGCAGCCCUACCAACGCCGCGCCCUGCCCCUUGAACGCAAGCAUUGACGCCUCUAUGGCUGUCAAUGAGCGGGGCACGUGCCCGUGGAGCUACGAGCGAGAGGAGAAUCGUAACCGUCUACCGAGGGUCAUCUACCGAGCCGUGAAGUUGUGCACCAAGUGCCUGAAUCCACGCACGGGCGCAGAAAUCCCUGAUGCAGUCUGUGAACCAAUCAAUUACACCCUGAAGGUGAUGAACCGAAGCGAAUGCUCAAACGGCAACUACACCUACCAGGUCGGGUUCCAGACGAUCCCCGUGGCCUUCUCCUGUAGCCGUCCCGUCACUAGAUCUUAAUUAAUGGAGAACUUGAAUGGAAAACUACCAACGCAACUGGCAGACUAUCAGGUGGGCUUGAAUAAAUAGGAGGGCGCCAGGGGUAUUAUGAAGUCGAAAAAAUCAAAAGUGAUUAUUGAUCGAAGUAACUUAUCCUGUUUCUCCGAAGAGAGAGAAAAAAAGAUGGUUUCGAGCUAAACAGACUUCUACUUUAGGCAUGCACUUAUGGUAAUGGCACAUAGCGCGGGGGAGGUAGAGUUUAGAAAUUGUUAGCUUUCAUUCAUCGUCGACUGCCAAAAAACUAAAGCCCAUGGUUUUCUUUGCCAGUAUGACAUUCCAAACCAGACCUCACUUUUUAAUUAAUUGGAUUUCGAAAUGUUACAGAGGCUACAAUCUAUAUUUCAGAUUAUUUAGGAAAAAAAUUUAUUCAUAUUUAUAUUUAUUAUAAAAUAUUGAUUUACGUACUCAGAAAUAAGGGUUUUAAACUUUUUUUAUUUUGUCAUAGAGUAUUAUGUAUAAAUUUCGAACAAAUGGUAGUUUUUCUCACGUAGCUUGAGGGUUUUAUUCUUGAUAGCUGUUCUGUGAUAUUUAGAAACUGUGAUAUUUAAUUAAAAACUUAAAUUUUAAAGACUUAAAGCUCUGAAGAAUGAACUUUUCAUGUACUGUACUUAUUGAUGCACAUAUCCUUUUGACAGGAUUCUUUAUUAUUGUGUUCAAGUGACUCAAACUGUAGUCCAUUAUUAGAGCAGUAAGGAGAUUAAUUUCCUCAGUAUUAAAGCAGGUUUAUUCAUUUUAAAUAAACUCUAAAGAAAAGGAAUAAAAUUAUGCAUUCAACAUGAUCUUAGAUAAGAAAAACUGUAUCCACCAUGUGGAUUGUAAGGUUCCUUAUAUUAAGGAUAAAAUUGUUAUCCUAAGCGGUUGGAAUCAAGUACUAUAAUAAAAACUACCUCACUAUAAUUUAAUUUAUACCUGUGAUGAUGAAGAUUAUUUUAUCAUCUAUCUUUUUGUUAUGCUGCUUUCUACGUUUCAAUGCAUCAUUUUGUGGGUGUUUUAUGUAGUAUUUUUAGAUUAAUUAACAGACCUGUUGAUAUUGUUGUUAAAGCUGUAAUUGUUUGUCGAACGAAGCUACAAAGCAAACUAUGCAUGGAUAAUGAAAAUGAAUAGAGCUCAAAGUUUCAGAAUUGCUGUCUUUGCUUAUUAAUUUAAAGUGUUUGAUAUCUGUGUUUGCCUGGGAAAAAUCAUUUCACCCCGUUCAAAUCCCCUCCAACCUGUUCAACCGGAAUCCGAUGUUCCAACAUCAGAUAGAAAGCUCCGACCUUUUUCACUAAAAGAGUCUCUGUCCCACUUGCCCCUAAAUAGAAACGAGAAUCAUUUCGCCCGUAUCUCUUUACUCAAAUUCAUUGCGACUUUGGUUAAUUCCGUAACGAUCUGCUGAAAUGGUGUUGGGGGGGGAAACAUUUGUGUUGAAUAGCAGCCUUAUCCAAUUUAUUGGAAAGUCACUGGAAUUUAGUUUUCUUUAUAGAAACAGCAAACUACUUCAGCAGAAACUUCACCCCUUGAUACGUGUUGAAUAUUUCUGUUGCUUAAAGCUACACAGGUGGAAUAAAGAGUGAAAAAAUACAUAUUUUGACCAGCUGUUUCUAAACAUAUCAAAGUAAAAAUGAAAUUAUCUAAAUUUAUAUUUUUAAUAAUUUAUGCUUCAACUUGGACAGUUUUCUAGUAAAAUUGUGUAGCGUCAACGAUGGCGCACUUUUCACAGGCUUGGCAGCCCGAAUUAAUAAGCUGAUCUAAAAAUGUUCACUGCCCAUUAUCAGUGGGUUUCGGUUGCUGCUUAAUUGUUUGCACAAUAACGAAAGAUCUCCAGAACGAAUGCUUACAAUCACUUCAGAGAGCCGGGACUAUUUCUCUUUGGAGUUGCACAACCAACACUACUAUGAACAAUAGUAUCGAAAGCUUGGGUGUCAUGUAAUUCGGGCUGUGCUUUGUGUGUCGCUGCUGCGUUAUACACACAAGACAAGAUAUGGGACGGAGGGGUACCCCCUUACCUGUCCAAUCCCUAUACACACUCUACACUAUUGU